CGUACACUCAGACCAAUGUGUUACCGCGGGAGCUUCAUAACAACGCGAGGGGUGACUCGUUGAUGCUACAAAAGAAAUUCCUGAAAUUCAGAAAUUACAUCUUAUGUGUAAUUGGUUAUACAUUGUGUUAACCAGCUAUCCGCAUUAUGGCCCUAGCCGACAUGGAGAAUGGUUGUGAGGGGGAAGACGGAGUGUGCGAGCCGGACGUAAUCGCGCAGUGUAACCUGCUGGGAGGUUUCACAGAGAGCUCCGAGACCCGGGCGCUGAUCACCGGCCUCGCCGAGAUGCACAAUGAUAUCAAAAACAGGGAGUCCGUGACCGAGCGGUUCCUGGUUAUAAUGGACCGAUACCAGGAACAGCCUCAUCUUCUGGACCCACAUCUUGAGUGGAUGUUGAACACGCUGCUGGAGCAGGUCCGCAGUGAGCAGUCCCCCCCUCUGCUCGUCCAUUUGGGCUUUAAGUUCCUGUACAUCAUCUCCAAGGUGCGAGGACACAAGGUGUUCAUGCAGCUGUUUCCUCACGAAGUCUCGGAUGUCCAGCCUGUGCUGGACCUACUGACCCGCCAGGAUCCCAAAGAUUAUGAGACAUGGGAGACACGCUACAUGCUGCUCCUCUGGCUCUCCAUGACCUGCCUCAUACCCUUUGACCUCUCCCGGCUGGACGGCCACCUGACCUCUGAACCUGGCCUGGCCAGAGAACCAAUCAUGGACCGCAUCUUGGCUGUCGCCAAGUCAUACCUGACUGUCAGUGACAAGUCCCGGGAUGCCUCCUCCAUACUGGUCUCAAAGUUUGUGACUCGUCCGGAUGUCAAGCUGAAGCGACUGGGGGACUUCCUGGACUGGUGCCUGACGACGGUUGCCCAGGGCAACGAGCUGACCAUGGAGGGCACGGUGGUUCUGGACGGGGUGCUGCAGUCUCUGGCUCAGCUAUUUAAGCACGGGAAGAGGGAGGACUUCCUGCAGUACGCCCCGACUGUGCUGCGGUGCCUGGACCAGCGCCGGCUGGCGGAGAGUAACCAGGCCAUGCUGAGGAAACUGGGGGUGAAGCUGGUGCAGAGACUGGGCCUGACCUUCCUCAAGCCCCGACUGGCCAAAUGGAGGUACCAGAGAGGGAGCCGGUCCCUGGCUGCCAAUCUGUCCGAACCCAGUAAGGCCUCAGAGGCUCAGAACCCCCAGGCUGACUCUGAACCAGGCCCAGACGAGGACUACGACAUCCCGGAGGAGAUCGAGAACGUCAUCGAACAACUGUUGGUGGGCCUUAAGGAUAAGGAGACCAUCGUGCGCUGGUCUGCGGCCAAAGGGGUCGGGCGGGUGACAGGCAGACUCCCUAAGGACCUGGCAGACGAGGUGGUGGGCUCAGUACUGGACUGUUUCAGCUUCCAGGAGACGGAUAACGCCUGGCACGGUGGCUGUCUGGCCCUGGCUGAGCUGGGCAGGAGGGGCCUGCUGCUGCCCACCCGCCUCCCUGACGUGGUGCCCCUCAUCCUGAAGGCCCUGACGUAUGAUGAGAAGAGGGGAGCGUGCAGCGUGGGAUCCAACGUGAGAGAUGCUGCCUGCUACGUCUGCUGGGCAUUCGCCCGCGCCUAUGAGCCGCCCGAGCUCAAGCCCUUCGUCACGCAAAUCGCCAGUGCACUCCUGGUCACCGCCGUGUUUGACCGGAACAUCAACUGUCGAAGAGCAGCCUCCGCAGCCUUCCAGGAGAACGUGGGGAGACAGGGGACCUUUCCCCAUGGUAUCGAUAUCCUGACCACUGCUGACUACUUCGCUGUGGGGAACCUGAACAACUGCUACCUGAGCAUCAGCGUGUACAUCGCAAGCUUCCCAGAAUACACCAGGCCUUUAAUCGACCACCUCGCGGGCAGAAAGGUCUAUCACUGGCACGGGGGAAUCCGGGAACUGGCCUCUAAAGCCCUGCACAACCUGACUCCACAAGCUUCUGAUUACAUGGCAAACACUGUUCUGCCGCAGCUGCUGCCCAUGGCAACGGGUCUGGACAUGCAGAAACGGCAUGGAGCCAUUUUGGCUUGCGCUGAGAUCACUCACGCCCUGUACAAACUGACCUCUCAGACCGACAGGCCGGUGACGGACAUCCUCCCUUCUGACUGUGUGGAGGGGUUAAAGGUCAUCCACCAGAAGCUCUUUGACAAACAGCAGUACAGGGGUUUCGGUGGGGAGCUGAUGAGACCAGCAGUCUGUGCUCUGAUAGAGAAGCUGUCCCUGUCCAGGAUGCCCUUUAAGGAUAGCCCGGCCAUAAGUGGAUGGCAGUGGCUGAUUGACGACUGCUUGAAGAGUCUUCACCUGUUCUCCGGCUCAGCUAGACAGGGCAUCAAGGAAACAGCAGUGUUGGCUCUGGCUGCUCUGUGUCAGGAGUAUUACCAGGCCGAGCCUGGCGUGGCUGACGUCCACAUGCAGGAGGUACUGGUGAGCCAGUACACCGCAGAGCUGAUGAGUCCACAGGUCCUGAUCCGGUGUGGCUGUGCCCUGGCCCUGGGCUCACUGCCCCGAUUCAUGAUACAGAACAAACUGCAGCAGGUGUUGGCAGGCCUACAGGCAGCCUGCAGAGUCAAUCAGAAGGAAGUGAGUUUCACUGAGGCCAGGAGAGACGCGGCCAAAGCCAUGGCACAGGUGUGUGCGACAGUGGGGGUGUCAGCGCAGGGGUCAGUGGACUCUGUCUUGUGUGCUGAGAAUGUGUCUCAGGUGUACUGGAGCCUGCUGGACUGUCUGAACGACUACACCACCGACAGCAGGGGCGACGUGGGGGCCUGGGUUCGAGAGGCGGCCAUGAGCAGUCUGCUGGAGCUGACCCUGCUGGUGGUAAACUGUGACCCAGAGCUCCUUUCCCCUGAGCUGUGCGAGCGCAUGAUGUGCUGUCUGGCGCAGCAGUCCGCCGAAAAGAUCGACCGCUACCGCGCCCACGCCGGAACCAUCUUCCUGCGCCUGCUUCACAGCAGCCAGCCCGCAGUGCCUCACAUCCCCCACCAGGAGGAGCUGCUGAGCAUCUUCCCCGCGGCUGAGGUGGAGGCUCUGAACUGGAACGCCCCGUCGCAAGCGUUCCCCCACAUCACCCAGCUCCUGCGCCUGCCGCGGUACCAGUACCGCACCCUGCUGGGCCUCACCGUGUCCGUGGGCGGCCUCACCGAGUCCACGGUGCUGUUCUCGGCGCAGUCCCUGUUUGACUACAUAAAGACCAUCCAGCAGGACCGGCCUGCGAUGGAGCAGUUCGGGACCACCCUGCUGCGCAUCUUCAGAGACCAUCUGCGCAACGACAGAGUAUCCAUCCCGCUGCUGAAGAUGGUGGACCAGAUGUUGGCCCGGGGCUGUUUCGACAUCUUCACCAGUGAUGAUGAUCACCCGUUCUGUGUGGAGCUGCUGGCUCUGUGUAAACAGGAGAUCAGGAAGUCCAAAGACGUCCAGAAGCUCCGCUCCAGCAUCACUGUGUUCUGCGGGAUGGUCCAGUUUCAGGGAGAGAUCCGGAAGGCGGUUCUGUUCCAGCUCCUGCUGCUGCUCUGCCACCCGUUCCCUGUGAUCAGGAAAACCACGGCAAGCCAGGUGUACGAGAUGCUGCUCACCUACGACGACGUCAUCGACCCUUCCGUCCUGGACGAUGUCAUGGCCCAGCUGAGUGAUACUAACUGGGAAGAGGACCUAUCUGUGGUGCGUAACUACAGGAAUCAGCUCUGUGAUUGGCUGGGAGUGCAGAGACCUAUUCUGGUUGGCAAGGGGCCAGCCCAGUGACCCCCACUGCUACCACCAACUGGACAUAGAUAUGAGGAGAGCACCCAUCGAUUCUCUCUCUCUCUCUCUCUCUCUCUCUCUCUCUCUCUCUCUCUCUCUCUCUCUCUCUACUCUCUACUCUCUACUCUCUCUACUCUUUCUCCUCUCUCUACUCUCUCUCUCUCUCUCUCUCUCUCUCUCCCCCCUCCUCCCUCUGUCUCUGAAGUUCAAUUUCAAACGGCUUUAUUGGCAUGAAAUAUUAAUAUCUGUGUUGCCAAAGCAUAUACAAAUAGGAAAAAAUAAAAUAGAUUCAUGCAUAAACAAGUAAAUGUACAAGAUUAUAACACUCUUUCUCUCUCUCAUUCUCUCCCUCUCUCGUUCUUUCCGUCGCUGUAAUUCAAUUUGGCUUUGGCAUGGCAACUCUUAGGCCGAAUAAUAAUAAUCAAGGAAUAAUAAAAAUGCAGCAGUCCAAAGUUCACAAUGCCAUCGCCUGCUCCCUGACCCUGAGCUUAUAGUACUCCAUUCAAUUUCAAUUCAAGUGCCUUUUUGGAAGGACAUGUUUUACAAUGCGGGAAUACCUGUAAAUAAAUUAAUGCAUAAAUAAGUAAAUGUAUAAGAUAAAAAGACUAAAAAACUAAACUUAAACUAAAAAUGACAAAAUUGUUCUCUAUCUAUCUCUAUCUCUGUUUCUCUUUAUCUGUCUGUGUACUUCCAUUCCAUGUGUAGUCUGGCUGUAGUCAAAAUGAGACUGUGAUGAUCUAUCAAUAAACGAAACCGUUUUAAUAUCA